GUCGGAAAAGUCCGGAAGUUGUUCGACUUUUUCACCGGGAAUCCAACAACAUCGAGAAUCACCUGAGAAUCGGGGAUGUUGAGAUAGUCUUCUCUCUCUUCCCCUCCCCCCACCCCCGCUGCCCGCCAGCCCGCCCCGUUCAACCACGCGGGAUUGGAUUACCAUGCUGGACACGGCCACGAGUCGCAGGUGGCUCGACGUCCAGGCUGAAACCGCGAAGGGAAUAGAUUUGCAGCAGUAUGCUUACAACGUAGCAUUAAAACUUCGAUCAUCUUUUUCCUGAGUCGCUUUGCAAUGUUGUUUAGGUGAGCGGGAGGGAGGCGCUGCUGACCGGUGGCGGUGGCGGCCAUGCGCUCCGGCCCGCCAAUCCAGCCGAGCCGCCGCAGGCCUCCCCGUCGCCAGCAUACGCACCAGCAGCAGCUCCAUCGGGAACGCAACCGACAGCAGCAGCAGCAGCAGGAGCGUCGUCGAUUGCGCUUGCUACCGUGGUUACAUAGCCACGGUUCACGUGCCCUCCUGGUGGUGCUGCUGCUACUGGCCAGCAACCCUCUGGUCCUGGCUCAGGCCGAGCCGCCGGAAUCACCGGCGGCUCUGGCGGCUCCGACGACCCAAUGCCAGCAGGCCUCCACCUCGCACAGGAAUUUGUGGUCGGGAAGCAACGACACGGCUAUCCAACCAUUGAACUUGACCAUCGGCUAUCUUACGGCCGUUAAGGGUGCUCUCAAGGACCGUCAGGGCCUGGCCAUUUCCGGCGCCAUGACCAUAGCCCUCGACGAGGUCAACAACAACCCGAACAUUUUGCCGAAUGUGAAGCUGGUGAUGCGAUGGACCGACACGAGGGGAGAGACCACCGAAGCUACCAGAGCAAUGGUCGACAUGAUUUGCGACGGGGUCGUGGCCUUCUUCGGACCGGAAGGUUCCUGCCACGUCGAGGCUAUAGUUUCUGAAUCUCGCAAUAUACCGAUGUUCAGUUACAAAUGCUCGGAUUACAAGGCCUCGAAAGCGAAGACCUUCAUAAGGACCGAGCCGCCGGACACGCAGGUAACUAAGUCUGUGAUCGCCCUGCUACUGCACUACGGAUGGAACAAAUUCACGAUCGUCCACGAGCGCGCCUGGUCGACGGUCGCCCGUUCGCUUCAGCAACAGGCGACUAAGAACAAUCUCACUGUGAACCAUUACAGGCUCGUCGAGGACCGGCACACGUGCUGCGAGGAGAGGAUGUCGUGCUGCCAAGUCAGCGUAUGGUUCCAACUUAUACAGGAGACGAAAAAUAUGACCCGCAUUUACAUCUUCUUGGGCACACCACCGUCACUGAUAGAUAUGAUGAAUUCGAUGGAAGGUCAAAGGUUACUGGAUGACGGGGAGUACAUGGUGAUAUAUGUGGACAUGAUGACGUAUUCGCAGCGUGAAGCACAGAAGUAUUUAUGGAAACCGGAGCACUUCAAUCAGCUGAAGAAUUGCCUCGAGCCGAAGAAUUUUUUGAAGAGGGCACGUUCGUUAAUGGUCGUCGUGUCGACACCGCCGACACAGAAUUACGAGGAAUUUACCAAGAAAGUCCGUUAUUACAGCAGCAUAGAGCCCUUCAACUUCUUAGUUCCAGAACUUCUGAGAAAGUAUGAAAAGUACGUGUCCAUUUACGCGGCGUAUCUCUACGAUUCUCUAAAGCUGUACGCGAGAGCUUUAGACCAGUUGAUACGAGAUCACCCGGAUCACUCUAUCGAGGAAUUGGCUAAAAACGGCACUCUUAUAGUCGAGACGAUUAUCAGGAAUCAUACAUAUCAAAGUAUAAGCGGAGCAACCAUUAAGUUGGAUAAAUCUGGAGAUUCAGAAGGAAACUUUUCAGUACUUGCUCUGAAGAAAGAACCGUUCCAGGUCCACAACUUCUCAUGCGACUAUCAGAUGUUGCCUGUAGGCCAAUUUCAACAGGGUGAUACUCUAGUAUACAAGUCUUUGCCAGGUGCUAUGGAUUGGCCCGGCAAAAAUAAGCCGGAGGCAGAACCUGGUUGCGGUUUUCUCAACGAACAUUGUCCGAAGGAUGACACGCAUUUCCGCAGUAUCAUCGUCGCCGGAGCACUAGCUAUUUUGUUGUUUUGUGCCAUAGUAAUGACUAUGAGCAUAUAUCGAAGAUGGAAGAUAGAACAAGAGAUAGAAGGAUUACUUUGGAUGAUUGAUCCGAAUGAGAUACACGGUUAUCCCCAUCUUGAUAACAUGAUGUCCUCUCCUAGUAAGUUAAGUUUAGUUAGUGCAAUGUCCUAUGAGUCGAGAUGUGGCGGCCAAGUGUUUGCGCAAACUGGACAUUACCAUGGUGUAAUGGUACGGAUAAAGGAGCUGAAAUUCUCAAAGAAAAAAGACAUUUCACGGGACGUUAUGAAGGAGAUGCGCAUUCUCCGUGAAAUUAGACAUGGUAAUCUCAACUCUUUCAUCGGAGCGUGCGUGGAGCCGAUGAGGAUAUUGUUAAUUACCGACUAUUGUGCCAAAGGAAGUCUUUAUGAUAUCAUUGAAAAUGAAGAUAUAAAAUUAGAUGAUAUGUUCAUUGCAUCAUUAAUUCACGAUCUCAUUAAGGGUAUGCUGUAUAUUCACGAGUCAUCUCUACUAGUCUGUCAUGGUAAUCUAAAAUCUUCCAAUUGUGUCGUAACCUCACGUUGGGUACUUCAAGUUUCCGAUUUUGGUCUUCAUGAUAUGCGCCAUUGCGCCGAAUCUGACAGCAUCGGUGAACAUCAGUAUUAUCGAAGCUUAUUUUGGAAAGCCCCCGAGCUGUUAAGAAACCCGCAUGCUCCGAUAAAAGGCACUCAGGCAGGAGAUAUUUAUUCUUUUGCCAUUAUUCUGUAUGAAAUUCUUGGACGCAAGGGACCAUAUGGAAAUAUAAAUUUAGAACCUAAAGAAAUUAUAGACCGAGUGAAAAGAUUCCCAGAAGAUGGUGAACCGCCAUUUAGACCUAACUUAAACAUACUCUCCGAAUCGAAAGCAAAUUGUGCCGAUUAUGUCGUUAGUACUAUCACGGAUUGUUGGGCGGAAAGUCCAGAAUUUAGGCCAGACUUCAAAACGAUAAGGACUAGAUUGAAGAAAAUGAAAGCUGGAUGGCAUCGAAAUAUAAUGGACCAAAUGAUGAAUAUGAUGGAGAAAUAUGCAAGCAACCUCGAAGAUCUAGUCACCGAGCGUACGGGACUUCUCUUGGAUGAAAAAAAGAAAACUGAAGAUUUACUUCACAGAAUGCUGCCUAAACCAGUCGCGAAUUGUUUAACAAAUGGUAUUGGAGUAGAACCAGAAGCUUUUGAUUUGGUUACUAUAUACUUUAGUGAUAUUGUUGGUUUUACUGCAAUGUCAGCAGAAAGUACACCAUUUCAGGUUGUAAAUUUUUUAAAUGAUCUGUAUACAUUGUUCGACCGUAUAAUCAGAGGAUAUGAAGUGUACAAAGUGGAAACGAUCGGAGAUGCUUAUAUGGUCGUUUCCGGUCUUCCAAUAAGAAAUGGAGAUCAGCAUGCUGGGCAGAUAGCAUCAAUGUCGCUGGAAUUACUUAAUGCUGUUAAGCAUCAUACGAUACCUCAUCGACCUCAAGAAACUCUCAAGUUACGUAUCGGCAUUCAUACUGGUCCUGUGGUAGCAGGUGUUGUUGGUUUGACGAUGCCUAGAUAUUGUUUAUUCGGAGACACCGUCAAUACCGCAUCUCGUAUGGAAUCUACUGGAGAACCAUUACGAAUACAUAUCAGUAAACAAUGCAAAGAGGCGUUAGAUAAGAUCGGAGGUUAUAAGAUUGAAGAGCGUGGCUUUAUUGAAAUGAAAGGAAAAGGGACGGUGAUGACUUAUUGGCUCACGGGAGCUACUGUGACGCACAGAAAAAGUACAGAGAAUUCUAACGGGGAUGAAAAUCUUCCACCGCUGUUCUGCAGACCGCGAAGAAGUCCAAAGUUAAAUCCGGACUCGCGAUACGCAUCGUUACUAGAGGGAUUAGGUGCCGGUAGUCGCAGACAAUCAAAUGUACCAUAUCCAAUGGCAGACGAUUCUUCUUCACAAUAUGGUGGAUCUAGUCCAGUUCCGCGAACGUUACAUAUUCGCAAGGUCGAGAGAUCUCCCCUGUCUUUGACUGAAAGCGUCUCGAAGACUACGCUAGAUAAUAUUUCAAUUCAGGAAGAAGUACAAAGGCGCUUAAAUACCAAGUCAGUCGAUGAUCUGUUCAUAAGCACAGGACCCAAACUUAGGAAAAACGCACGUGCAUUAUCUACCAUCGCAUCUUCAUCAUCAAGCGAUUAUCCAUCUCAGACUAUUAUACGCGGAUCCCGUUCACUUGACCCGCUUCCAACUGAUAUAUAUAACAAACGAUUCGAGUCGCCAAAUUUUUGGAAGGAGAACGAAUGCACGAGGAUCGAUUUAAAAGCGGACAUUUCGGAGAAAAUGCUGAAUAAUAAUUAUCCUAAUGGCAAUGUGAUAAUGAUGUCUCACACCGAUAGUCCUCCGAAUGAAGCAGACCCACUGUUGAGUGACGAUAGUACAGAUAAGAGAGAAAUACGGGAGAAGCGUUCACGCUCGCUAGAUCAAGUGGUAUCUGCAUCUAACAUGGACAGUGUACCUGAUAAAAAGUCUUCCGCGCGAAAGUUGUUAGAAAUUCCACCUGUUUCAACCAUUAUACAGAUGUUUAACGGUAAUGGAUUACGCAACAGCAAUGUUUCUUUAAGAAGAGGAAUAUUAGCAGGGUACGAUAAGCAAAAUGAACGCGAAAGUGUGGUUUAAUGUGCAUUCGAGAAAUUCUUUUUUUUUUUUUUUUAUGUGACGAACUAAGUAGCAAGAUACAGAAUCACGUGUAAAAACUGCGCUAUCAUGCGCAUAAACUAUAUGAAGCAUUACAUUUACAAAUCAUAAGCAUGAUUUAUUGUUGCCAUCUUUUUUUCUAACUUACAUAUGUGCAAUUUAUAUGUAUAUGAAAGUUACCGACUACAAUGUAUAUAUUUUUAAUAUUUAAGUAUUUUAUAACUCUUGUAUUAUAUAAAACAUGUGCAUCAGGGCGAUGUAAAAACAACUUUUACAUGAUACGGGACUUUUCUCCUGUUAUCUCUUUGUUAAGAUUUUUAAUUCGAAUGUGUAACACACAUGAAAACAGCAAACUAUUUUAUAAAAAAAUCAUGACCAAAGUACACACUUAAUUCAUUCGACAAUUCAUUUUGUUCAAUAGUAGAAAAAGGAAUUAGGACAGUACCGCGUACAGUCGAUGUCAGAAUGUUUAAGAUGAUACUUUUUAUUUUAUAGGUAGCUUUUUUAUAAUUUUAUUUUUAUGUGAAUCAAGAAAAAAAAUAAUACUGAAAUUUAUGUAGCAACUUGUAAAAGUUACCUAAUAAACGAAAAACUCUUCGAGCAUUCCAAUAUCGACUAUACAUGUAUGUGCGCAUACAAUCAAACAAAGCAUGAGUUUAUAAGACAUGUGUAUAUAAUACGUAUAUUAGCACACAUGUAUAUUUAUGAUAUCUAUAAGUCCAUACUUGUUCAUGAAAGGAAGUAAAUUGUCCGUAUGGCUGUGAGAAGUAAACUAGAUUACACUUAAGGUGCUUAGUAAUAUAUCAUGUUGUCAAAUGUAUAUAUAAUUAAAUAAUAAUAUAUCAAUGUAAAGAUAAAAUGUAAAUUAAAAGAAUUAUUACCUUCUA